GCUGAGGGUUUAUGGUGUGCAGAGAGAAGAAACUCCCGGGACUUGGAGACCCAUCGAACUCCUCUCGCUUCUUAACGACAUGAGCCGAUCGGGCCAGCCUCCAGAUCUCAAGAAGUACAUGGACAAGAAGCUUCAAAGUUUCAUCGAUUGUUUCACCAUUAUCUUGGUUUGAAAGUUUGAUGUCACAUUCAACUGGCAUGCCAACCGUAAAGUUGAAUGCAAACCGAGUUGUGGUUGGCACUCUUCGUGGGUUUGAUCAAUUUAUGAACCUCGUUGUUGACAACACCGUGGAGGUGAACGGCAAUGAGAAGAAUGAUAUUGGCAUGGUGGUUAUUCGAGGAAACAGUGUGGUGAUGAUUGAAGCUCUCGAGCCGGUUGCCAGAACAUAAUACUGUCUUUUCUUCUGUUAGUCAACUCGUGCUUCGUGUGUUUUUAUUAAUGCCUAUGAGAUUGUCAAUGAUCUGUUAGUAGUCAUGUGUUGUAUUUCUUUGACCUUUAUCAUCAUCAUCCUUCGUAGUUAAUUCUAUGGACAACUGAAAAGAAA